GAAAGUUUGAGAAAAGAGACGGCCGGACUUUAUAAUGUCUCGAAAAACUCUCGUCUUUGUGACAGGAAAUCAAAACAAAUUGAAGGAGGUUAUUUCAAUAUUAGGAGAAUCAUUUCCAUGGAAAGUUGAAGCAAGAAGUAUAGAUUUACCUGAGUUUCAAGGUGAAUCGGAUGAAAUUUCAAUAGAAAAAUGUAAAGUGGCUUUUGAAAAGAUACAGGGCCCUGUAAUUGUAGAAGAUACAUGCUUAUGUUUUAAUGCAUUAGGAGGCCUACCUGGUCCAUAUGUUAAGUGGUUUUUGAAGAAAAUUGGUCCUGAAGGUCUGUUCCGUAUGUUGACUGGCUGGGAAGACAAAUCUGCAUAUGCUCUAUGUACUUUUGCUUAUUGCUCAGGAAUAAAAGAUGAACCAGUUGAGUUAUUUAGAGGCAAAACAUCAGGUAAAAUAGUAGAACCAAAAGGUCCAAGAAACUUUGGAUGGGAUCCCUGUUUUAAGCCAGAUGGCUUUGACCAAACUUAUGCUGAAAUGCCUUCUGAAGUCAAAAACAGCAUAUCUCACAGAGGAAAAGCCCUGCAAGCUUUAAAAGACUAUUUUAUGAAUAUUGAUAAUGAUAUACAAAAUGAAAACAAAAAAGCAAAGAUGGAUGAUUAAAAAGCAAUAGCCCUUUUUACAGUUACAAGCUAAUCGAAGCAAAAUCAGGGAACAUAUUUGCUACAUUCCUUAGCAAUGGGGUCAGUACUUCAUGUAAAACCCUCCUUGAAUUGGCACUUACUGAAUAAUAUAUUACUGUAUUGGUUAGGUUUAGGCUACAUAUCUGACUGGGUCUUACAUGAAGUAUUUACCUCUCAAUAAGCACAUUUUUCAUCGGGAGGGGGGGCUGGUGGUUUUGAGGGGGCGCCACCCAAACAAGAAUCCUAUACUUGUAUAUUCAAUUCUACAUAUUUCUCAAGAAUCAAGAGUGGGGGUCGUCAAUAAGACAUGGUCAAGGGGGUAAUCCAACUAGGGGGCUGUUUUUUUUUUAGAAAACCACCAGUCCUUCCCACCUGAUAAAAAUGAAUGGUCUCACACAUCUUGUUUUAACUAUGAAAAUGGCUAUUAGAGUGAACACACUUUAUCCGUGAACUUUAAAUGAACCUCUUUCUACUAUUUAUUAACUGGUCUUCUGAUAAAGAACAAUGGUGAUUGAGAGGCAGUUCUGCUUCAGUGGCAGAUUUAGUGUAAUUUUCAUUUUGUAGCAUUUCACUGAUUAAAUGUGUUCAUUCUAACACUUGUUUUAUAUUUUUGGUAUUUAUGCCAUUAUGAUGGAUUAGUCGAAAAGCUUGUAAUAAAGAAACAUUGCAAAAACACA